AUGGCAUCAGAACAGCAACCGCUCGAAAACGAGCACCUCCUGCACGAGAAGAAAAUGGAAGUGCCAAAGGGAUUCUUUGAGAGGCAUCCGUCGAAACCUUGGAUAUCGUCGUUUGAGGAGUACCAGAAGAUGUACAAGGAGUCGAUCACGGAGCCAGGGAAGUUCUUUGGCAAGAUGGCGAAGGAGAACUUGGAGUGGAUCAGGCCCUUCAGCGUGGCAAAGUGGCCGGAGGCGCCAGGGCUCCGGGAUAACAACGGGGAGCCUUCAGCGUGGUUUGUGGACGGGCAGUUGAACGCGUGCUACAACUGCGUGGACCGGUGGGCGAUGAAGGACCCGAAGAAGCCGGCGAUCGUGUACGAGGCGGACGAGCCCGGGGAGGGGAGAGUGGUGACUUACGGGGAGUUGCUCAAGGAGGUGUGCAAGUUGGCCCAGGUGUUGAAGGGCAUGGGCGUGCGGAAGGGGGACACGGUGGCGGUGUACCUCCCGAUGAUACCAGAGGCGGUGGUGACGUUGAUGGCGAUUGCACGGAUAGGGGCGGUGCACUCGGUUGUGUUUGCCGGGUUCAGCUCGGCGUCGUUACGGGACCGGAUCAAUGACGCGGACUCGCGGGUGGUGAUCACGGCGGACGAGUCGAAGCGGGGCGGGAAGACGAUCGAGACAAAGAAGAUCGUGGACGACGCGCUCACAGGGUGCCCACGGGUGCGGAAGGUGCUCGUUUACCGGCGGACGGGCAACGGAGAGAUCCCGUGGAAGUUUGGCCGGGACGUGUGGUGGCACGAGGAGUUGGCGAAGUACUCCGGGUACACGGCGGUGGAGCCCGUGGGCGCGGAGGACACGCUCUUCUUGCUCUACACGUCCGGGUCGACGGGCAAGCCGAAGGGUGUGCAGCACACGACGGCGGGAUACCUCUUGGGGGCACUUUUGACGACAAAGUACGUUUUUGAUGUGCAUGAGGAGGACACAGUGUUCACAGCGGGGGACAUCGGGUGGAUUACGGGCCACACGUACGUGGUGUACGGCCCGUUGGCGAAUGGGGCAACAACGGUGGUGUUUGAAGGCACACCGGCAUACCCCUCGUACUCGCGGUACUGGGAGAUCGUAGACCGGUACCGGGUGUCGCAGUUCUACGUGGCACCAACGGCCCUCCGGCUGUUGAAGCGGGCUGGCCCGCAGUACAUCGCGAAGUUCAAGUUGGACACGUUGCGGGUGCUCGGGUCGGUGGGCGAGCCGAUCGCCGCGGACGUCUGGCAGUGGUACAACGAGCAGGUGGGCCGGGGCAAGGCACACAUCUGCGACACGUACUGGCAGACAGAGUCCGGGUCGCACUUGGUGUGCCCGUUGGCCGGUGUGACCCCGACGAAGGCCGGGUCCGCUUCGUUGCCGUUCUUCGGCAUCGACCCGGUGAUCGUCAACCCAGUCACCGCGGAGGAGCAGCGCGGCCCACGGGCCGAGGGCGUGCUCUGCGUGCGGACCGCGUGGCCGUCUAUGGCCCGGACCAUCUGGCACGACUACUCGCGGUUCUUGGACACGUACCUGCGGCCGUACCACGGGCUGUACUUCACCGGGGAUGGGGCCGCCAGGGACUCGGACGGGUUCUACUGGAUCUUGGGUCGGGUAGACGAUGUAGUGAACGUGUCGGGCCACCGGCUCUCGACCGCCGAGAUCGAGGCUGCGCUCAUCGAGCACCCGGCCGUCGGCGAGAGUGCCGUUGUGGGCUACCCGAACGAUUUGACCGGGUCCGCUGUGGCAGCCUUCGUGGCCUUGAAGGAGAAGCCACCAGGCACACAGGCGGACGUCCAGGCCCUCAAGAAGGACCUGGUGCUCACGGUGCGUCGUGAGAUCGGGCCCUUCGCCGCCCCCAAGAAGGUCCUAUUGGUGGACGACUUGCCCAAGACCCGGUCGGGCAAGAUCAUGCGCCGGAUCCUUCGGAAGAUCUUGGCCGGCGAGGAGGACCAGCUCGGCGAUGUUUCCACGUUGAGCAACCCGAACGUCGUCGACCAUUUGAUUCAUGUUGUGCACUCUUCGCAGUGA